AUGGCUGCUCAACUGAAACCGCUGAAGGGAGCUGAGAACCUCAAGUCUCGAUGGCAAUGGUCCAGAGACCUUGGUGGCCCCGACAUGCCCAUCCGCCUUGAGGGUGAGAUAGGCGACGUCAUGGUGAGAGGCACAAUCCCCGACAGCAUCGAUGGAACUUUCUACCGCGUUGCUGGUGACCACGUCGCCCCUGUUCCUGAGAAACACAGCCCUCUCGAAGGCCACGGUGCCGUCAGCGCCUUCCGCAUCCACAAGGGCCAUGUAGACUUCAAGAUUAGAUACGUUCAGAAUGACCGUUACAAAGUCGAGAGGGCCAAUAGGAAGAGCAUGUUUGUGGAUAUUGUGGGCCAUCACAUGGAGAACCACCCUUGCGUGCGGGCCGUUACCGAGCAAACCUCCAACAUCAACGUCAUCCACUGGGGUGGGAGGCUGCUCGCCCUCAACGAGGUCGGCCAGGCCUGGACCAUGGACGCCGACACGCUCGAGACUACUGGCGUUAACCCAUAUGGCAACCAGGUCUUCCAGUCUUCAACGUUUUCAGCUCAUCCCAAGAUCGACCAGAACGUCGAUGAACUCGUCACUUGGGGAUUCGGUUCCAAAUUCGAGGAAUUGGUCUCCUACUCCGUCACCCGACAGGGCGAGGUUAAGAAUCUCCACCGUAUAAUGCGCUCUAUCUCUGGGACGAUCCACGACGUGGCCUUCACUGAGAACUGGCUUGUGUUCUGUCAAUGGCCCACGAUUCCCUCCAGAAAGGCCGGAACUUCGAGACUUAUCUGGGACACCUCGCUGCCUACAGUUUUCAUUGUAUCACCUCGCCGUCCAGACAAGCCAUUGGCCGGCUCGGGCUGGAAGCCCUACGAGCAUCGAAUCUACACACAUAACUCAAACACUGAGAUCGUGCACACUGGUGGGGCUUGGGAGGAGAAUGGCAAGAUUAUCUUUGACGGUACCUGGCCGAACCAGCCAAAGAGCUCCUGGUUCAAUUGGUGGGACCAGAAAGAACAAGCCCCCGACCAGAAAGCUGGAUUUAUCCGAGAUAGCAGGCCUGAGAACACUGUGGUAGAAUACGUCCGGUUCGAGAUCGAUGCCACAAAGCCAGACUGGACUGAGCUCGCCGACCCGGCCGUUCUGGUUAGUAUUUCAAACGAGUUCCCCCGGAUCGAUGAACGCUUCUACUGCAAGCCACACGACUAUGUCUUUAUGAACAUUGUCCAUGCUGAUCCCGACACGCCCCACGACCCAACACAUGUCUACCGCAGCCUCAACGCUACCGCCAUGCUUAACAAACGCACUGGAGAAAUGAAGGUUUACUCGCCGGGACCGCACUGUCGAUGCCAGGAGCCUGUCUUUAUCCCGCGGUCAGAUAACGCUCCGGAGGGCGAUGGGCACAUUAUCUUCGCUGUUGACCGCUUGGAUAUCAAUCUCACCAACAUUGUCAUCCUGGGCACAAAGGAUUUCGAGCAUCCGGUUGCUUUCAUUGAGCUGCCAAUGCGCAUGCGCGCUCAGGUUCAUGGUAACUGGGUCGACGCGAAGGAGUUGAGCGGAAAGCCGCUUGUACCUACCCCUCCCCUCAACCACAUGGCUUGGCGGGAAAGACUGUGA